AUUCGCUAAGCUGGUCCACGAAUUGUCAACGCGUUCGGGCGGCUGCUGAGCCGGGGCGCCCGCCGGGCUUGUCGUGCUCCCUCGGAGGUGCCUUCCCGAACCAGUGUGCCGGGUCCGCUAGGGCCAGAACGGUCGCCGGUUCGGGGCAACUUGGGAUUCAGGACCCUCUGCAGGGGCGUCGGUUUGUGAUCGGGACUCGGCGAGGAGGAUGGGCAAAUUGAUGUGCAGGGAAGUCAAGUAACUUAUCCAAAACCGAGCCCUGGUAACUGGUGGCAAGAGCCAGUAUUCAAAACCGUGUGCCUGAUUCCUAAGCUCAUGGAAAUCUUGCAUGAACGUGGAAGCCAUUAGCAGAGUAAUUGCUGUCUGUUACCAUGACAACCAGCCGCUGCAGUCACCUGCCGGAAGUGCUGCCAGACUGCACCAGCUCGGCUGCGCCCGUGGUGAAGACCGUGGACGACUGUGGCAGCCUCGUGAAUGGGCAGCCGCAGUAUGUCAUGCAAGUUUCGGCCAAGGACGGGCAGCUGCUGUCAACAGUAGUGCGGACUCUUGCCACCCAGAGCCCCUUCAAUGACCGGCCGAUGUGCAGAAUCUGCCACGAGGGCAGCAGCCAAGAGGACUUGCUCUCUCCCUGCGAAUGCACAGGGACCUUGGGGACAAUUCAUCGGAGCUGCCUGGAGCACUGGCUGUCAUCCUCAAACACCAGCUACUGUGAACUCUGCCACUUCAAGUUUGCAGUCGAGCGCAAACCCAGGCCGUUAGUGGAGUGGCUCAGAAACCCAGGUCCCCAGCAUGAGAAGCGGACUCUGUUUGGAGACAUGGUGUGCUUCUUGUUCAUAACUCCACUGGCCACCAUCUCGGGCUGGCUCUGCCUGCGGGGCGCUGUGGACCACCUGCACUUUAGCAGUCGGCUGGAGGCUGUCGGACUGAUUGCACUCACUGUCGCACUCUUCACUAUUUACCUCUUUUGGACACUAGUGUCAUUUCGAUACCACUGUCGAUUGUACAACGAAUGGCGUCGGACCAAUCAGAGAGUGAUUCUCCUCAUUCCAAAGUCUGUCAGCGUACCUUCUAACCAGCAGUCCCUGCUGGGCCCCCAUUCUGUCAAGAGGAACUCAAAGGAGACCAUUGUUUGAGGCUUGUGUGGUUGGUCGGUUGGCUCGUUGUUUGGGGUUUUGGAAGUCUCCGCACGGGGGCCAUGCACUGAGCCACGCCCGAACCCCUCCUUAAGCUGUGGGUCUCAGAACACCCUGAGCCUUGUGAGCACAUCGCCCCAGCAACGGACUCAGCCGGAAGAGAGCAGAUGCUGUUUGACUUCAAAUCAUGGAUGCUGCAAUCACGUGAUACUUGCUCAGCUGCCAAACAUGCUUAUUUAGCAGAUACUUUGUGGGAUUUUCUGAACACCUCUUUAACAUAUGAGGAAGGUUGUCCUGCUAAAGAUGCAAUUCAAUGCUUCCUUUUUUAUUACUAUUUCAAAUAUAUAUAUAUAUAUAUAUAUAUAUAUGUAUAUAUAUUAAAGUCAGAUGAUAAUUACAGUCGAAAAAGCCAACGUUACAACUGGUUUCUUGGUUUGGAUGAGUUUGGUUUGGGUUAGUUUAUGCGUUUCCCAGUUUCUACUGUAGAUUCUUUGGGGGUAAUUUGAUAACUUGAGUGGUCUUUUUCAUUGCCUUCUUCUCUCUCACUCAAGGGGACAGCAUAAUGGCUACAGAACAAGGCCUAUUUGGAGGAUGUUUUGUACUAAACUUCAUUUAUUCCGUUUUUAAAGGGGAAAAAAAGGUGUGGCAACUCUCCCUACAGUGAACUGUUUAUUUAAAUUUCAUUAAGGAGGGAAAGAAAAUUACGGCGAGAAGCAGGCUCCUUUCGAAUUGUUUGAUACUGCCAGCUGAUAAAAGCUAUUUUCUAAUAAUAAAUAUCCAGUGUGUGAAAGACAAACCCCGCUGAUUGCAGCAUUCUUUUUUUUUAAUUAUAAAACCUGUGAAGUUUCCCCAAAGUAGGUUUUAAAAAGAAAAGAAAAAAAAAAAGACAAGCAAAAAGGUUGGUGUUCUUACUCCCAUCUCGUUUAGUGCAUGUCUUAAUUCUGCCUUCACAAGGAACUGGUGGAUCAUUAGACAUUUCUAGGAACCCUGGACCUGUUUUGCAUAUCAAUUAGCAUUCCCAUUGCUCUAUUGAAUUUCUAGCUUGACAGGUAGACGUGGCAAAAAACCUGUCCUAGCAGCUUAUGGCCCCUUUGUCUGAUUUUUUUAAAAAACGCAUCCCACACAGUGCCUUCCCCCAACCAUGAGCCAAUUCAGUCACAGGCUGAAACAGACCUUUGCUAAGGACUUCCUGUCCCUGUUUUAUCCACCACUGUGUAAAGGCUCUAAACUGCACCCUGCAUUUGUAGCCACUGAAACCACGGGGCACAUGUGUCGUCUGAGGAAAGCCCUUGCUGGCGCUGGCUCCCCAUCCGCCUGCCUGCCGCCUACCCACACGCCCAGGAGGAGAAGGCGGAGCCCAGCGUUGGGGAAUGCUUAAAAUAUGGAUUUCUAGAACAUGACCCACAUUCUGAAUAUCGCUCCAGCUUCUGCCUUAUGCUCCCCAAGUGGGAGAGCGGAAAAGUGCAAAGGAACAGGAGGCCAGGAGGGGAACGAUUUUUCUGUGCAGAUCGAUCAAGCGGAUGCAGGUGUCACCUUUGUCUGCCGAGCCCCCCAACCUCCCGUUCACAGACUGCUCCCCGAGCUGCCUGGGGAGGGAAACAGCUGUACCGCUCUCCGCUGCAAAACUCAGAUGUGCUUUAUGGCUGAUGACAAUAGAUUUCCUCCCCACCACGCUCCCCUUCGACACUCCGUUCCAGUAAUCUACGCCUCAGCCCUUCUGUUUGUUCGGCCCUGCUCACCCCUCCAGGCUGUCAUUAGCUGCACCGCCAUCAACCGUUUCUUAAUUGACCUUUUUAAAAUGCUGGACACCACUGGCUGCAUGCAGCUGUCACACAUUAAAUUUCCAGAGCCAAGAGUCCAACUUGGUAGCUUGUGAACUACAGCCCUGUAAUAGAUUGGAUAAAUAACAUCCACCCAGCCCUGGUCCCUGAGCUGUCAGGUUAACCAGCGACACCUCUCAGUUGAAUGGCACAAGCAGUCAUGAGAGGACCAGCCCCUUUCUCCUCCCGGCUCCUUCCGUGAAUUAAGGAAGUGAGAGACUCCUGGGAUCAUUUCCUGUUGAGGUUGGCUGCAGGGAGUCCCUGCCAUCUUGGUUCAUGAGAUGAGAUACAGUGACUCAAAAUAUCAAAGGCAGACAGGUGCCCAGCAGUUCGCUGAGGCCCCUGCACUGGGAAGGUUGGCACGUUGGUACUGGGUCUGUGCUACACGUCUUUCCCCCAUACUUGCAUCCCCACCCGGGUAAAUAAAGCCGAGUCCAAACACAAGGAGUAGAUUGCUUGCAGGGUGGUGGGCAGGACACUCUGGGAGCCCAGAGUAGCAUCAGUGCCUUGCUUCCUGGGCCAGCAGCUUGGGUCCUCCUCAGGAGACAGACCCUGAGCUCUAGCAGCCCAGCACCCAUCUGAGAUCCUCAAAGUUCUUGAUCCACUCUUGGCCCUUUAUGACAUCAUUCAAGGUUAGAGAGCAUAAGGAACUGCAGCACGUGCACAAGGCACCAGCCAAGAGGCCAGGGACAGGUGGGGACUGCCGUCCAGGCUCUGUGUCUGUCACCAAGCCAAGUUGCACCUGCCUGGAAGAAGGGGCACAGAGGUGUUGCACUGGUCACUGCCAGCCUUGACCUCUUGCUUUGAUUCUUUCUUUUUGAAAAGUCAAGAAUGAAGCAGGGGGAAGAAUGAGGAGGGGCAAGUAAAGGAUCCUGGGGAUUCACAGCUUCCCUUCCUUCAACUUCUUCAACAGCCCUCUCUUCUCCCUCUUUGCUGUACCCUGUCCUAAUCAUAUGUCUUAAGGAUAUAGGGUAGAGACAAAUGUGUGUCACAGUGAAGCCAGAGGGGAAAGGGACAGCUGAGACAAAUCCAGUGCAUUCUUGCCUGCCCCAGGUGUGUGUGUGUGUGUGUGUGUGUGUGUGUACAUGCUUCUGCAUGUUCACAUCUGGGGAAUACAGAGAACAUGGAAUGUUCACACAAAUUCUACAGCUCAGACUACUGAGCAGAAGCUCAGACGAGCUAGAAAAUCCAAUGGAGGGAAAAAAUAAAUGACAUGACUUAGAAGUUACUUGUAUUUGUCUUCCGUGGCCUGGUCUCCCUUUCCUGUGCCACAGUGCCAUGGACUAUCACUUACAGCUGGACUGAAGCCACAGUUACUUCAUCUUUAGUGAAAGUGACUCAUCUGAGGGCGUAGAGGAGCCACGGAGAAAAGGAAAGAGAAAAAGCAGCCUGCUGAUCUGUACUUGGGCCACUGGCCAGCUGGAGGCUCCACUUUCUCCCCAGGCAAAAACUUCGUCCUCAGUCUCUCUCACCAGGGAGAAUCCCAAGGCAGAAAGAAUCUGAGGACAAAAGAUACCUGGGAAAGGAAAUUGGCACAUGCUUCCUUUCCUCCUUGAUUUAUAAUGUUCCCAGAAGCUACCCGAAGUCAGCCACACAGCUCUAAGACCUAAAGCUGGAUGAGAGAUGCAGGUGGUGAUUCCGAAGCCAUUAAUGGGACAGGAGGUGGACUUGUGGGUAAGUACAGAGUUCAGGAUUAUUUCUGGACCAGAUGUCGGGACAUGGAUGCACCUGGCUGGACGCCAACCCUCCUGGCCAAGCACGUGGAGGGUCUAUGGUCUGGCAGGCUGCCGCGAGAGACCUGGGACUGUGGAGGCUGGAGUCACAAGAAAUGUGUACUCCAAGGCCAUGCUUGGGCAAAUGCAUGCUCUCUGCAAAAUGGGUCAGUUCUGCAAAAAUGCACGGGCCGGUAUAUUCUACCGGCAUCUAGUGCCUGGGAUUUGGAGUUCUCAGUGUCGAGGGAUUGGCUCUUUUCCCUUGUUGAUUAGUUGUUGUGGGGUGAUUCCAACUCUCUGCUUCCCAGGUCGAUAGAGUGGGAGAGAACCAGCCAUGAGUCAGGCAACCUAGCAUUGAGCCUGGCUCUACUGUGUCCCUGCUGCUGACUGAACAAGUGACCCCACCUACCUGCGCCUCAGUUUUUUUGCCUCUGUAAAAUGGGGGCAAUACCUACCUCAGACAAUCCUUGUGAGAUUGGUAGGGCUUAGCUCCCAAUAGUUGAUGAAUGAAUGGCAAUACCCCUUCUGCCCCCUUCAGUCCAUUCACUGUGGCUGAUGUAUGGGUUAUUCUGCCCUAGCUUGGGUUUUGCCAAACGACUUUAAUAAAUGAUUUGAAGGACCAUAAACAAAUAGUUUAAAAAUCCCUUUCAAAAAGAAGAGGGAUUGCUUUUAAAUGAUCAAGAGAUAUUUACUGAGCACACUGUGCCUGGAAUAAAAACUAAGAGACCCUUCUGGAGGCUGAAAUUACUGACUUGAUUGAGAUCUUUGAAUCAUGUGUAGAUUUCAGUUACCCUUGCAUUUCCUGACACUGGAGACUAUGGCUAAUUGAGAAUUCAUCACAGAUGAAAAAAAAAUUUUUUUUUGCUAGUUCUGGAUCUAGUGCUACAGAGGAAAACAAAUAUAGUCUAUCAGUUGUCUGUGUUCCCAGAAAUGAGGAACUCAUGAGUCACUGAGCUCAUACAUCUAGUGCCUUCGCAGAGACUCUGAAUUCUGUGCACAAAGACAACACCAGAUCAGCUUCGGAGCCCUGCUUCUUUUGAGAAACUCCUUUUCAGACACACUUUUCACCUACACCAUCCACAGUUACCAUAUUAAGGAAAUGAAUACAUGAACCCUAUCAAACGUUUUAUUUUAUCAUAUUUGUGAAGGCCAGAUGCAAAGACCUGAGUUAAUCAUACAUUUAGUCCCUGACAACUUCUGUCACCAUCAGCCUACACGGGUCCUUCUUCUGUUUUAUUCUACAAGUAUGUACCUAGAGCCAAACUCUGUGCCUAACAAACCACACCAAAAUUCAGCGCUCUAAGACCACUAUUUCAUUGCAUUUCACCAUUCCAUGGGUUGGCUAGGGCUCAGCCAGGCGGUCUGUGGGCGGCGCCCCUUCUGGUUGCACUUGGAUGUCUCAGUCAGAUGGUCCAGGUGCUCCUUCCAUGUGUGGCCUUGCCUCUUCACCUGGCAUCUCAACUUCAAAGGCCCCUCUCUUUCCAUGGCAGCUCAGGGCUCUAAGAGGGAAGAAGCUUCUGUCCUGCAUAAGGGCUGGGCUUGGAAGUCCUGGAGCUGUCCCCUCCCUUGAAUUCUACUGGUCAAAGCAGUGACAAGCCCUGCCUGCUGACAGGAGGGGCAGAAUCAUUUGGGGCUGUCUUUGCAUCUUUGCAGAUCCGCUACCAGACCCUUAGAACAGAUGCAGAAGCUUAACCUGGGAAUUUAGUUACUUGCUCAAGGUAACAGAGCUAGUAAGAGGCAGAUCUGGGAUUCAGACCCAGACUCUGGAGUCCAUGCUGCCAACCACUAUGCCUUGAUGCCUCUCAGCUUCUAUUUUAUGGUGGUUUCCCUUUCAUUCCUGGUCUCCACUCUCAUCUCUUCCCUUCCUUAGGCAUCCAGUCAACAGAAUAUGCAUAGA